GUUAUUAGGUGGUGGCACUUGUUUAUAGUGUUUUGUUGCAACCUUUUCUAUUUGUGUUUUUAGAAAUAAAAUGCACUAAAGAAGUUUCCGCUGGAAUUUGAUUCCAUUGCCAAAUGAAGCAAGGCAAAUGGAAGAAAUUAGUGGGUGCUAGAGCUUAUCCUUUUGAAUUGUCAAAAAAAUAGUUGCCUUCCAAGAGAAGAGACAAUGACAUCCUGGAUGAUAUCAAGAUUUUGAUUGGUGAGAGGAAACGGUCCAUAUUCACUGGCGUUUUGGACUCUCAAAUGUGUGAUUUUUCAUGGAUACUAUAUGAACAGAACAUACUAGACCUUUGAAACACAGCUUGUUUGCAUGAUGGCUGCUACCACCACAACGCCCGCAUUUCUUACACUGCAAGACCGAGUAGCCAUAGUCACAGGGUCUUCCUGUGGCAUCGGCAAAGCAAUAGCCAUCAACUUAGCCUCACUGGGUGCAAAACUUGUCAUCAAUUACACUUCUAACAAGGAGCAAGCUGAACUUGUAGCUAAGGAGAUCACUUCUGGUUGUGUUGAUGGUAUCCCACGAGCUGUCGUGGUCCAAGCUGAUGUAUCUGAGCCCGUGCAUGUGAAGUUAUUGUUUGAUGAGGCUGAAAGAGUGUUUGGAUCACAGGUUCAUGUCUUUGUUAAUUCAGCUUCCAUUGCUGAUUCUAAGUAUCAUACCAUCGCUAACACUUCUGUGGAGGAUUUUGAUCAUAUUUUCAGGUUCUUUAAUAGUGUCAAUUUGCCGAGGAACAUUCUCAUGUUGCAAAGAGGCCGCAAACCGGGUAAAACAAGGAGGUGGGGUAGAAUUAUAUGGCUGUCAAGCUCAUUGGAGGGUUUAUUGAAGCCAAAAAUAGCAACAUAUACAGCAUCAAAGGCAGCAGUUGAGACAAUGACAAAAAUACUUGCAAAGGAACUCGAAGGGACUGGUAUCACUGCAAACUGUGUUGCGCCAGGGCCAACUGCAACACACAUGUUCUUAACUGGGACUAGUGAGGAACUUAUUAAAAGAGUGAUUGAGGAGUGCCCACAUGGGAGGCUUGGCGAGACCAAGGAUGUGGCUCCUCUUGUUGGGUUCUUGGCUAGUGAUGCUAGUGAGUGGAUCAAUGGACGGUUAUUGGUAUUAAUGGUGGCAUUGUCUAGAGUUUGGCUUGUGCAAUACUUUGAAAUUUGUAUCCUUUAUAUUAAUGCGACUAUCAUCCCUGUAAUUUGAUUAUUACUCUUGCAGAGUUAUACUUGCCUUCACAA